AUGGCCGACUCCAGCGCCCCCGAACCCCCCACCGAGCAGGUGGCCAAGCUUCUGCUUGACGAGGUCACCGGCGAGAUGAUCUCCAAGACCGAGCUUAAGAAGCGCCAGAAGGCCCGUGAAAGGGAGGCUCAGAAGGCUGCCAAGGCCGCCGCCGCCCCUCCUAAGCCUGCUGCUGCUAAGAAGGGCAACGCUGAGGCCGACGAGAAGAACCUCGACCCCAGCCAGUACUUUGAGAACCGAUCUCGCACCAUCAACAAGCUGCGCGAGACCAAGUCUCCCAACCCCUACCCCCACAAGUUCCACACCGACUACGAUCUGCGCAAGUUCACCAGUGACUUCGGACACCUCAAGUCCGGCGAGAGCGACAAGUCCAAGGUCAUCCGUGUUGGUGCCCGUAUCUACAACAAGCGUGCCUCCGGCAACAAGCUCUUCUUCUACGAUGUCCGCGCCGAGGGCGUCAAGGUCCAGGUCAUGGCUCAGGCGCAAGAGGUCGCCGAGGGCACACCGUCGUUCGAGGAUCAGCACCUGCACCUUCGCCGAGCACCCAAGUCCAAGAUCGAGAAGGGCGAGGAGGGUGAGCUCUCCAUCUUCGCCACGGAGUUCAUUCUCCUGACCCCCUGCUUGCACACCCUGCCCGACGAGUACUACGGUUUCAAGGACCACGAGGAGCGCCACCGCAAGCGUUACCUCGACCUGAUCAUGAACGAGAAGAGCCGACAGAUCCUCAUCGCCAGAUCCAAGAUCGUUACAUACAUCAGAAGGUACUUUGACGACAGGGAUUUCGUCGAAGUCGAGACCCCUAUGAUGGGUCCCAUUGCUGGUGGUGCCACCGCCAAGCCCUUCAUCACCCACCACAACGACUUGGACAUGCAAAUGUUCAUGAGAAUCGCCCCCGAGCUUUACCUCAAGGAACUCGUUGUUGGCGGUCUCCACCGCGUCUACGAGCUUGGCCGCCAGUUCCGCAACGAGGGCAUUGAUCUCACCCACAACCCCGAAUUCACCACCUGCGAGUUCUACCAGGCUUUCGCCGAUGUCUACGACCUCAUGAAGACAACCGAGGAGCUCGUCUCCGGCCUUGUCAAGCACCUCACCGGCGGCUACAAGACCAAGUUCCACACCCAACACGGAGAGGUCUACGAGGUCAACUGGGAGGCCCCCUGGAAGCGCUUCGAGAUGAUUCCCGAGCUUGAGAAGGCCACCGGCGAGAAGUUCCCCCCGGCCGACCAGCUCCACACCGCCGAGACCAACGAGUUCCUCCAGAAGGUCCUCAAGAAGAUGAAGCUCGAGUGCUCGCCGCCCCUGACCAACGCCCGCAUGAUCGACAAGCUUGUCGGCGAGUACAUUGAGGAGCAGUGCGUCAACCCCUGCUUCAUCUUUGGCCACCCGCAGGUCAUGUCGCCCCUUGCCAAGUACCACCGUGAAAUCCCCGGUCUUUGCGAGCGUUUCGAGGCCUUUGUGUGCAAGAAGGAGAUUGCCAACGCCUACACCGAGUUGAACGACCCCUUCGACCAGAGACUCCGCUUCGAGGAGCAGGCCAACCAGAAGGACCAGGGUGACGACGAGGCCCAGCUCAUUGACGAGAACUUCUGCAUGUCUCUCGAGUACGGUCUGCCUCCUACCGGAGGAUGGGGUAUGGGUAUCGACAGAAUGGUCAUGUUCUUGACCGAUAACUACAGUAUUCGUGAGGUCCUUGCCUUCCCCUUCAUGAAGGAGGAGAAGCAGGCGGAGAAGAAGGCCUCCGCCGCGGAGGUCGUUGGCGUCAAGCCCGUCCCUGAGGAGGGUAUUGCCCACAAGUAG